UCUGAAUAUUCCGACGGUCCGUGAAGGCACCGCGCUGUGAAGUUUUUAGUGCGGCAGGUUCGAGUCUUCCGCUGCGUCACGUUUCCAGACUGAUGAGACUCACUUCAGCUCUCUGGAAAAGUUCUGGUUCUGCUUUUAUUACAGCCAGAGACCGGACCGGACCGGCCGGACUGGACCGUGAGGUCGGUGUGAGCGCAACUUUGGGUCGCAGCGUUUCGGACUGAGCAGAACUUCGCUGCGGUUCGGAAACACAGGAAGGAGCGACUGAAAGAACGGAUGUGUGACAAUGAGCGGAGCCGCCGCGGAUCGUCUCUUCGGUUCCUCUGACUUGACAUUUUAGAGACACAUGAGAGGCUCCAGCUGCUCCGGCCGACCCGGUUCGGAUUAGUAGCGAACCGAACCGAGCUGCUGAAGACAAACACUGAGACGGAGACAUGGGGACCCAAGGGACGGGACGGAAGCGGUCCACCAACAAGGAGAGGUCCACCGCGGAGGACGAUGCCCUCAACCUGAUCGCCAGAGAGGCGGAGGCCAGGCUGGCGGCGAAGCGAGCGGCCCGGGCCGAAGCACGGGAGAUCCGGAUGAAGGAGCUGGAGCGGCAGCAGAAAGAGAUCUUCCAGGUGCAGAAGAAGUAUUACGGUCUGAAGCCUCGAGAGGAGCGGGCCGACAGUAAAUGGGGAGACAUUGAGCAGUGGAUGGAGGACAGUGAGAGGUUUUCUCGUUCUUCGCGGCUCCACACGCUGUCUGAUGACGAUGAGCGGAUGUCGGUGGGAAGCCGCGGCAGCGUCCGGUCGGAUCUGGACUCUGUGGGGGCGUAUGGUGGAGGGGGUUCCUCUUUGCACAGGAAGUCAAAGAAGAAGAAGAAGCAUAAGCACAGAGACAAAAACGGUUGCCAUGACGAUUACAGCGCGCUCUCCAGCAGGAGCUCCAGGCUGAGCGAUGACAGCAGGAUGUCCCGAUCGUCCAGACUGGACCUGAAGCCGUCUUCCUUCACUUCCUCCGACCUGUUGGAUCUCAGCGGUCCGUCCAGGAACCCCGGCUUGUCUUUCAAUGGCUACCAGAGUUCUCUGUACGACGACGGUCUGAGUCUGUGCAGCGGCUCCUGCAGAGUCUCUGCCUCUCACCCUGUGGAGUACAGUAGCUACCGCAGCUCCAGAGCUUCCAGCAGGGCCAGUUCGGCCCGGACCAGCCCAGUGGAGAACUGCGGCUCAGUCGCCAGUUUUGUUAGGAGUGCGUUGAGCGGCAGCGCCCUCUCCAGGCACCUGGAUGACGUCACCAUCCCUGACUUCCCUGAAGUGGAGGACAGAGACUUUGACAAGGGACCUCGAGCCGCUUCGGCCCUCACGGCGGCGACCUUCGCCUCGGUGGGCGGGACUUCCUCCCGGCGAGGCAGCGGGGAGACGGCGCUGACGGUGGACGCCGACGGCUCCAUCCGGGAAAUCAAGGAGAUCCAUGAGCUGAAAGAUCAGAUCCAGGAUGUGGAAACAAAGUACCAGCAGAACCUGAAGGAAGCGAAGGAGGCGCUGGCGGAGGUGGAGGAGAAGUACCGUAAGGCCAUGGUGUCCAACGCCCAGCUGGACAACGAGAAGAACAACCUGAUGUACCAGGUGGACACGCUCAAAGACUCGCUGAUGGAGCUGGAGGAGCUGCUGUCCGAGUCGCGCCGCCAAUACGACGACAAGCUGAAGGAGUUUGAGCGGCAGAAACACAACCACAGCGUUCUGCAGUUCCAGUUCGACGAGCUGAAGGAGACAUUGAAGCAAAGCGAAGAGCUGCUGAACGAAAUCCGCCAGCUGCGGCUGAAGCAGGACGGUUACGUUAGAGAAAUAUCCGACCUCCAGGAGACGGUGGAGUGGAAGGAUAAAAAGAUCGGGGCGCUGGAGCGGCAGAAAGAAUACUCGGACGCCAUCCGCUUGGAGCGGGAUGAGCUCAGGGAGGAGGCGGUGAAGCUGAAGGAUAUUCUGAAGAAACACGGGAUAGUGCUGGGACCGGACCUGAACAUCAACGGAGACGCCGGGCCGUCGGAGGUGGACGGGUCAGCUGGAGCGGAGCCGCGGCCGGCCCAGGAGACCCAGCCGGCUGCCGCUGAAGGAAACGGCGUCCUCGGCAGCACAAAGGAGUUGAGGGCUUGCAGAGAGGAAGACGUGGCUCCAGAGCAGCAAGAAGAAACACUGGAGGACGUCAAAGAGAAUCACUUGAGCUGCGAUGAACUGGCUCCAGAAGCCCAGACCUGCUUUCCCUCUGAGGAAACUCACCUCCACGGUCAAAUAACUGCAGAUCCGAUUGAUCGUCCAGAUCCUAAAGCAAAAGCCGUAAUCGUUCUCAGCCAAGAUCUUCAGCAGAUUCAGACAUCUGGAGAAAUGGAAACAUCUGAGGUUGAUUCCAUCAGUCAUCCAGGUUUAACCCAAACCCAAAGUACCGGCACUGAAGCAGCUGGCGGUGACCUUUCAGGAGGUCAAGAAAGUAAACAGGAAGUUGUUACGACAGAACCUUUAGGGAAACAAGCUGUUCCAGUUGGACUGAACUCAGAACCUCAACAAGAGCCUGAGGAGGCAGAAAACGACGAGGCUGAGGAAACGGCGAGUACGUCCCAGGCUCAGGUCUCCACCGCGUCAGGGAAGAAGAAGAAAAGGAAGAAGAAGGGAAAGAAAAAAGGAGGACCUCAAGAAAACAAAGACCAACAAAAAGCUGGAACCGAGAAGCAAAACGAAAAGACCAGUAAGGAUUCAGUCGUACAGAAUAAUGGGCUCACAGCAGAACAGGAUACCAGUGGGUCCACUGCUAAACCUCAAGACAACCAAGAACCUGAGAAAGUAGAACAUCUGGAACCCUCUGAAAAUGUUUGUACCAAAGAAAAUCUGCAAGAACCGAACACAGAUCCGGGUUCAGAAGGUCACAACCAAGAGAAAACUACAGAAGGAGCUGAUGGUCUGGGAUCAACCCAGGAGCCUCGUCUUGGAGUGGAGAUGGUUGAUGACACGCAGAACCAGGAAUGUGAAGAUCCAGAAAAGCCAAAUGAAGGUUCUGCUGUUGAAUCCCUCAAGGAAUCUGAAAUAACUGGUUCUGAUCAAGAAGGGAAUCUCGUCACAUGUAAGAGCAAAGAUGAUCCUGAUUUGAGUGAAGAUAUCCCUGCAAGAGAAAACGCCUCAGGUCUCCAACAGUCAACCACAGAUCAUGUUUCAGGAGAUGAAGGGAAAACCGGAAACACUGAGAUGUUGGAACAAAGUGAUACUGUGGGAUCUUCUGAAAUAUCUUGUCACAUCAGAACAAGAGCAGAACUUUCUGAGGACGAACAGAACAAGGAAACAUCUCCAACAGCCAAAGAAACUGCAGAACCCCCUGAAGGAUUCCUCCAAGACAAACCACUGGAAGAAUCUGAUCCAGAGUCCAAGAUGGUUGAAGGUGAUGCUAGAGAAACAAAUCUGCCCUCAAACAAAGGCAUUGAAGGUCCAAACAAACACCUUCCAUCAUGUGACGAUACUGGUACUACCCCAGCCUUCCAGGAACCCGACAAUGAUCACGUUUCAGGAAACCAGGAAGAGGAAACUUUGACAUUCAAGAUGCUAGAAGAAGCUGAUGCUGUGGAAUCACCUGAAACUCCAGAUGAGGAGCUUGUUCAGGUUCUGCAGAACCAGGAAGAAACUUCAGGACCAGAGAAACAUGAAUCAGUGCUGCAAACCACAGAAACUUCUCAAGCUGAAACAAUCAAGGGACCCAAUGAGUCUGAAACGGCUGAAGAUGUUAAAGAGAUGGAGUCUGAAACUGGUUCUGAUCGAGAAGCAAACCUCCUGACUUCUGGAAAGAGUGAAGAUCCUGUAGAGUCAUUUCCUCCAGACAGCUCUUCACCAGAAGACCAAAACGUCCGCACCAAGUCAGAAUCAGUGGAUGGAGACGAGAAGAUGAUCAACAACCCUGAAAGCAUCGUUGAAUUGGCUGGUGAAGAACAUGAUGGAGUUCCUGAGUCCAGAACCGGUUCUGAAAUUAAUGAGGAAACAUCUGCAUCAUCAGCAAACAAUGACGCCAGAGAUCCACCCGAAACCUCGUCAACCUCAAAGAGCCCCAAGCCCUCCAUGACGGAACCAGAGGAGGCAGCUGAGCCAGACGAUGGAGAACCAUCGGAGACCUCUGAAGAAAUCUGCCGAGACGAUGAAGAGUUGAAUGGAGGAAGAGGAGAACCUGAAGAUCCACCGUUACACAUGAAAGAUGAGGUGGAAUUAGCAGAUCUAACCAAAGCAGAAACUGGAGAUACUGGUUCUCCUCCCAAAGAGGAGCAGAAGGAAGCGACUGCUGAACGCCCAGAGCCUGAAGAUUGUCCAAACACUGAGGAGGUAAAAACUUCUCAAGGUCUUCUGGCAGAGCAGGUGAAGGAGUCCAUGGAGGAACCUGAGGGGGAUGAUUCACCUCCAUACGUUCAGCUGGACAGGGACGAGGACGACGGAGAGGAAGAUGAAGGACAGUCUUUUGAUUUUGAUGACUUGGAUGUGGAAGCAGCUGUUGAAUCUUCUCUGCCCAACAAACUGGAACAGGAAGAUGUUGAGGAAGGAACUGAAGUCAACGGGAAGAGUCCAGAGCUUUGCCAAAGUAACGCGGAGACAAAGACAGAAGAUGGUGAGGAGAAGGUGUCCGAGGAUGACAACAGCAAGAUUGAUCAGCCUUCAACUCAAAACGACCUGCCGUGUGGAGACAACACACCUGAAAAGGUUGAAAAUGUUCCAGAGAACAUCGAGCAGAAAACGUCCUCAACAGUUGAGGACGGGUUAGAUGCCACCGACGUGGCUUCAGAUCCACAAAAGACUCCAGAACAAACCGAUGGCGCCAAAGAGGCACCGCAGGUGGGGAAAGACCCAAAGAAGAAGAAAGGCAAAGGAAAGAGUAAAGAGGACUGUAAGAUGUCUUAGUUGGUCUGGGACAACAGGGUCCAACACUUAGCAGGACGGGUCUAAAAUGGACCACAUGCACACCAGUGAUGGUUCAGUUUGCAAAGAGCUGGAACAUCUAGAACCUGAUCGGUACUGGCUACUGAAGCAACCAGAGGCGGUGCUAGCAGCACUUCAUGGAGUUUGACGUCACAGUGACCCGAUGGUGGAACCAGAGAAUCCACUCGUUGUUUCAUUGGUACCGUGUUUCAGAACCAGAGAAAUCUGCUUCUAUACGAUUCAGUAAGAACAAAAACAAGAUUCUGUUCGUUCAGGACGCUUCAUACAUCUCUAGAAACACAAGAGCAGAACUUCCACCACAUCGCACACCAAUACUGUAGCCACGCCCACUUCAGAUUUUAGACCAGUUGCAAACUCCCAGAUCAGAUCUGCAAACAAACACCUUUGGAGAAAGAACUAAUGUCCUGGUUCUUGUGGAGUAUUUCCAUCCCUUUGGGACGGUGGCUGACGGCGAAACACUGGGAAAACGUGAAUGAAACUCCGAAACACGAAAAAGGGAAAAUAGAAAAUGAUGCAAAUAGCAAAAACAGCAGGCAGUAUAAAAUGCUGCAACCUGGUUCCACAAACAGAAGUCCUCCAGACCACUAGGGGGAGUCUGGAGCAGGUAAUAUUACCUACAGAAAUAUGCUGCUUAUCUGUAAAUGAUGUGAAGCAUAACCGACCUUUUCUGUCUUCCUCCAACUUUCUUCUGGACUUUACUGAGGACCCAGAUGAUUUGGUGACCGACUCCCCCUGGUGGUCUGGAGGACUAAUGUUUCAUGGAGCCAGUUUGCAGCAUUUUGAACUUGCUGUUGUUUUUACCAUUUGUGGCAUUUUCCCUUUAUCUCCUGUGGUUGCAGCGUUUUCUGUUUGAGAGUUUGUGUCAGUCAUGUGAAUGCUGACACACCAUCACAUGUGGGUUUGCACCAUCAGACCUCCUGCUAACCCACAGUCAAACUCCCUGAAGUUCUGCUGAGUUCUGGCUGAUCCAUCCCAGACCAACCAGCUGCUCUGUUCACCGUCUCUGGUCUGCAUGUGGCCCAAACCACAGAAAAACUGUUACACAGCAAUGUGGCGUAAAACGCCCUCUGCUGGAGAGUUGAGCUCUCUACAAGUUGUCAGAAUAUUUAAAGUCCUCUCUGCACUUUGAUGUUUUCCUGUACGAACUGAAUGCAAGAGAUGUUGAGUGACCAGAACUGUUCAUCUCUGGUUUAUUGAACUGAUAUCAUGUUUACCGUCUUCCUGCCUUCAUGGUGUAACUGUAAACAUUCAGGCCAAAGCAGCUUCUCUGUGUUUUUCUCUGUUUAGAGCAGAUCAGACUCUUAGCUUCCCUCUGGAGUUCAGAAUGACUUUCAUUUUGUUUGCAUCUUGUUGCACUAAACCGUUAAAUCCUGCUGUUAGCGUUGCUCUAAAUAAACAUCUACUGAAACUUUUUAA